UGCGGAUUGCGGAAUAGAACAGACAUGCCAAAUUAGCGGAAUCCAGGCACUUCUGUUAACCAUAUUUUAUAAAAUUAUGUCUGAAGUCCGGUCCGAUCACUGCCUCUCUCCUUCUCUGACACUACCACCCAUUAGACUGACUGUACACUAAAGCCAAGCCAAGCCAAGUUUAAGCUCUAUCACUCUCUCUCUCCCUCUCGAGCUACGAGAGAAAGCUAAGCUUUUUGGAAUGGGAGAAAGAUAAUAGAGACGUUACUCUCUAGAUUCCUAGACCAAGAACGUUCGCAGAUAAAAGAGUAAAGUAGAAAGGAAAGAGUUUUGUGCACUGUAGUUAGUUUGCCGAGCAAUGGCGAGAGGAUUUAAGCCUAUCUUUGCUGUGUCUCUGUUGCUCACACUUCUGGUCUAUUGCAGAGGAAGCACCAUAGGAGUUUGCUAUGGAAGAAAUGCUGAUGAUCUCCCAACUCCUGAUAAAGUCGCACAGCUUGUUCGACAGCAUAAUAUUAAAUAUUUGAGGAUUUACGAUUCAAAUAUCCAGGUCCUCAAGGCCUUUGCAAACACCGGAGUUGAACUUAUGGUUGGAGUUCCAAAUUCAGACUUACUAGCGUUGUCCCAGUUUCAAUCCAAUGCUGACUCAUGGUUAAGGAACAGUAUUCUUCCAUAUUACCCUGCCACAAAGAUCACAUACAUUACUGUUGGUGCUGAAGUCACAGAAAGCACCAAUAAUGCCUCUGCCCAAGUUGUACCAGCCAUGCAUAAUGUCCUCACAGCCCUAAGAAAGGUUGGUUUGCAUAAAAAGAUCAAAGUUUCAAGCACUCAUUCCCUUGGGAUUUUGUCUCGUUCAUUCCCACCAUCUGCGGGGGCUUUCAAUAGCAGUCAUGCAUAUUUUCUGAAGCCCAUGCUGGAAUUCCUUGCUGAAAACCAAUCUCCUUUCAUGAUUGAUAUUUAUCCUUACUAUGCUUACAGAGAUUCUCCAAACAAUAUAUCUUUGGAUUAUGCUGUAUUUGAGUCAUCUUCUGAAGUAAUAGACCCAAACACUGGUCUACUUUACACAAACAUGUUUGAUGCUCAGAUUGAUGCCCUUUAUUUUGCCCUGAUGGCCUUGAAUUUCAGAACAAUUAAGGUUAUGGUCACAGAGACAGGCUGGCCGUCCAAAGGGUCAACGAAGGAGAAAGCUGCUACUCCUGAGAAUGCCCAGACAUAUAAUACCAAUUUGAUUCGUCAUGUCAUUAACAACGCGGGUACACCUGCAAAGCCUGGAGAAGAGCUGGAUGUUUAUAUCUUUUCAUUGUUCAAUGAGAACAGGAAACCAGGUUUGGAAUCUGAGAGGAACUGGGGUUUAUUUUAUCCAGACCAGACAAGUAUCUACAAUUUGGAUUUUACGGGACGAGGCGUUAUUGACAUACCCAAAAACACCAACCUUACCAGUUUAAACUCAACAACAUGGUGCAUUGCUUCGAGUAAUGCUUCUCAACUUGACUUGCAAAGUGCCCUAGAUUGGGCAUGUGGCCCUGGGAACGUAGACUGUUCUGCCAUUCAGCCUAGCCAGCCUUGUUUUGAGCCAGAUACUCUGCUUUCGCAUGCAUCUUAUGCAUUCAAUAGUUACUACCAGCAAAAUGGGGCUUCUGAUGUUGCUUGCAGUUUUGGUGGGGCAGGAGUUAAGGUUGACAAGGAUCCAAGCUAUGAUAAUUGCUUGUAUAUGACCACUGGGAGCAACAAAACAGCCGCAACUAACACGACAGCAAUGGCUUCUACGUCUUCCUCCUCGUCGCCGAACGAAGUUUUUGCUUGGGCUUCCAGUUUCCUUCUUAUUACAUUCCUUGCACUUCUGAACAUUGGCAACGCUUAAGGAAGCCUGAUCGUGGAACCAUGGUAAAGUGUGCUGAAGUGAAACAGAACAAUGCUAUUCUUUAUGCGGGGAAGACGUAUCAGUACGGGAUUUUUGUUUCCCGUAGAUCGCAUGGAUAAAAAUGCACGAUUGGCAAUCUGGCAUAAAGAUAUCUGACUGCUAUUAGUUUUGUAUGAUAUCUGCCUGCUAUUAGUUUUGUAUGAUAUGUAGUGGGUAUUAUGAGAUUAGAUAUAUUUAUUCAGUUCUCAGCCUUUUAUGUGCGUGUAACUUUGUGUUUUAUUAGUCAAUUUAGCAUAAAAGGUGAUGUUUCUUUUUCUUUGUGCCA